AUGUGGUUCUUUUCCCGGGACCCAGUCCGCGACUUCCCGUACGAGCUCAGUCCGGAGCUCCCCGAGGGCGGCCCGCCCGGGCCCUGGUCCCUGCACCGCGGCCGUAAGAAGGCCACAGGCAGCCCGGUGUCCAUCUUCGUGUAUGAUGUGAAGCCCGGCGCCGAAGAGCAGACCCAGGUGGCCAAAGCUGCCUUCAAGCGCCUCAAAACUCUCCGGCACCCCAACAUCCUGGCUUACAUUGAUGGGCUGGAGACAGAAAAAUGCUUCCACGUAGUGACAGAGGCUGUGACCCCGCUGGGAAUGUACCUCAAAUCGCGAGUGGAGGCUGGUGGCCUGAAGGAGUUGGAGAUCUCCUGGGGGCUACACCAGAUCGUGAAAGCCCUCAGCUUCCUGGUCAACGACUGCAGCCUCAUCCACAACAAUGUCUGCAUGGCCGCUGUGUUUGUGGACCGAGCUGGCGAGUGGAAGCUUGGGGGCCUGGACUACAUGUACUCAUCCCAGGGCAAUGGCGGGGGACCCCCCCACAAGGGGGUCCCUGAGCUUGAGCAGUAUGACCCCCCGGAGUUGGCUGAUGGCAGUAGCAGAGUGGUCAAAGAGAAGUGGUCAGCAGACAUGUGGCGCUUGGGCUGCCUCAUCUGGGAAGUCUUCAAUGGGCCUCUGCCUCGGGCGGCUGCCCUGCGCAACCCAGGGAAGAUCCCCAAAUCACUGGUGCCCCAUUACUGUGAGCUGGUGGGAGCCAAUCCCAGGGUGCGUCCCAACCCGGCCCACUUCCUGCAGAACUGCCGGGCACCCGGCGGUUUCAUGAACAAUCGCUUUGUGGAGACCAACCUCUUCCUGGAAGAGAUUCAGAUCAAAGAGCCAGCCGAGAAGCAAAAGUUCUUCCAAGAGCUAAGCAAGAGCCUGGACUCAUUCCCUGAGGAUUUCUGUCGGCACAAGGUGUUGCCCCAGCUGCUGACUGCUUUCGAGUUCGGCAAUGCCGGGGCCACUGUCCUCACGCCCCUCUUCAAGGUGGGCAAGUUCCUCAGUGCUGAGGAGUAUCAGCAGAAGAUCAUCCCUGUGGUGGUCAAGAUGUUCUCAUCCACUGACCGGGCCAUGCGCAUCCGCCUCCUGCAGCAGAUGGAACAAUUCAUCCAAUACCUUGAUGAGCCAACAGUCAACUCCCAGAUCUUUCCCCAUGUUGUACAUGGCUUCCUAGACACCAAUCCUGCCAUCCGGGAGCAGACGGUCAAGUCCAUGCUGCUCCUGGCCCCAAAGCUGAACGAGGCCAACCUCAAUGUGGAGCUAAUGAAACACUUCGCGCGGCUGCAAGCCAAGGACGAGCAGGGCCCCAUCCGCUGCAACACUACGGUCUGCUUGGGAAAAAUUGGCUCCUACCUCAGUGCCAGCACCAGACACAGGGUCCUCACCUCUGCCUUCAGUCGGGCCACUAAGGACCCAUUUGCACCAUCCCGAGUCGCGGGGGUCCUGGGCUUUGCUGCUACUCACAACCUCUACUCGAUGAAUGACUGUGCCCACAAGAUUCUGCCUGUGCUCUGUGGCCUCACUGUGGACCCGGAGAAAUCUGUGCGGGACCAGGCCUUCAAGGCCAUUAGAAGCUUCCUGUCCAAAUUGGAGUCUGUGUCAGAGGAUCCCACCCAGCUGGAGGAAGUGGAGAAGGACGUCCAUGCAGCCUCCAGCCCUGGGGUGGGAGGAACCGCAGCCAGCUGGGCAGGCUGGGCCGUGACCGGGGUCUCUUCACUCACCUCCAAGCUGAUCCGUGCACACCCCACGGCUGCCCCAGCUGAGACCCACAUCCCCCAGAGACCCACGCCCGAGGGACUUCCUGCCCCGGCCCCCACUCCAGUCCCUGCCACCCCCAUGACCUCAAGCCACUAUGAGACACAGGAGGACAAGGACACAGCAGAGGACAGCAGUGCUGCUGACAAAUGGGAUGACGAAGACUGGGGCAGCUUGGAGCAGGAGGCCGAGUCUGUGUUGGCCCAGCAGGACGACUGGAUCGCUGGGGGUCAAGCGAGCCGUGCUGGGCAGGUCAGCAACCCAGACCACAAAUCCCCGGAGUCUGACUGGAGCAGCUGGGAAGCUGAGGGCUCUUGGGAGCAGGGCUGGCAGGAGCCAAGCCCCCCAGAGCCACCCCCUGAGGGCGUGCGGCUGGCCAGCGAAUAUAACUGGGGUGGUCUGGAGCCCAGCGACAAGGGGGACCCCUUUGCUGCUCUGUCCGCACGUCCCAGCACUCAGCUGAGGCAGGACUCGUGGAGUGAAGACAACUGGGAGGGCCUGGAGACUGAGAGCCGGCAGGCGCUGACCCGGAAAAAGCGCGAGGAGCGGAGGCGGGAGAUGGAGGCCAAACGCGCGGAGAAGAAGGCAGCCAAGGGCCCCAUGAAGCUGGGAGCCCGGAAGCUGGACUGAACCACCCGUGUCGGCGCUUCCCGGCCGCGGAGAGCAGGCCCCACGGAUAUAUUUAUUAUUGUACAAACCAUGUGAGCCCGGCCAGCCUGGCCGGGCACAUCUCACGUGUACAUAAUCAGAGCCACAAUAAAUUCUCUUUCACA